CAAAGGGCCUGGCGGGGCGGGGGGAAGGCGGCGGGGUCGGAAUGUGAGCGAAGGUGGAGCUGGCUGUAGAGGGUGGAAGAAUGAAAGAAAAGAGAGGCGAAAGAAUGUUGAACAACUUUGUGUGGCUGUAUGAUGGAAGGAAACGGAACUGAGAACUCCUGUAGUAGAACAUGCGGAUGGCUUCAACAAGAUAAUGGUGCUAAGCCAUGGCUUUGGAAAUUCUCUAAUUGCUUUUCUCGUCCUGAGCAGAUGUUGCCACUUAGUCCCCAAACGAAAGAUUACAUGGAGAACAAGAAAGUUGCUGUGGAAUUAAAGGAUGUACCAUCUCCCCUUCAUACUGGCUCUAAACUUUUCCCAGCUGUUCCACUUCCAGAUACUCAUUCUCUUCAGCAAACUAAAAUACAGCUUCCAACUGUCCCCAAAGUAAGCUGCUGUGCUCAUUGCACUAAUGAACCCUCCACUUCACCAAUGCAUUUUGGUGGUGGCGGUGGCGGUGGCGGUAACGGAGGUACUGGUAGCUUGAUUCACACAGGCACAGUGUUAGACUCACCGAGCACCAGGACAAUCACAUGCCAGGUAGGGUCAGGACUUGCUUUUCAGUCUGCACCUUCACUCCAGAAUGCCUUAGCUAGGAACAGUAUGGCCGGCAUUGCAAGUGACUUUCCCAGCACGUGUCCAGAAAGUAAUCUCUCUUCCUGCCAACACCUGCCCUGUUGUGGAAAGCUCCAUUUCCAGUCAUGCCAUGGUAACGUGCACAAGCUACAUCAGUUCCCGGCUCUUCAGGGCUGCGCCUCUGCUGGCUAUUUCCCCUGUUCUGAUUUCACAAGUGGGGCUCCAGGGCAUUUGGAAGAGCACAUUUCACAGUCGGAGCUAACACCUCACUUGUGCACCAGCUCUUUGCACCUAAAUGUGGUCCCUCCGGUGUGUUUAAAGGGCUCCCUUUACUGCGAAGACUGUCUAAACAAGCCGGCAAGAAAUAGUAUAAUUGCUGCUGCUAAAGUCUGGCCAAAUAUACCACCUCCAAAUACUCAAACUGCACCUAUUACUGUUCCUCUGUGUAAUGGCUGUGGAACCAAAGGGAAGGAGGCCACAUUGUUAUUGGCGGCCAGUCUAGACAAAGCUGCUUCGAAAUUUGGCUCACCAGAAGUUGCACUAGCCGGACAGAUGCUGGAAAACUUACCCCCCAUUGGAGUUUUUUGGGAUAUUGAAAACUGCUCAGUUCCCUCUGGCCGCUCAGCCUCUGCUGUUGUACAUAGAAUCCGUGAGAAGUUUUUUAAAGGCCAUAGAGAAGCAGAAUUCAUCUGUGUUUGUGACAUCAGUAAAGAAAACAAAGAAGUUAUUCAAGAGCUGAAUAAUUGCCAGGUAACUGUUGCCCAUAUCAAUGCUACUGCGAAGAACGCUGCCGAUGAUAAACUCCGCCAGAGUCUCCGAAGGUUCGCAAAUACGCACACUGCUCCAGCCACUGUGGUUCUUGUGUCAACUGAUGUCAAUUUUGCCUUGGAACUUAGUGACCUGAGACACAGACAUGGUUUUCACAUAAUUUUGAUCCAUAAAAACCAGGCCUCAGAAGCACUGCUGCAUCAUGCUAAUGAACUGAUUAGAUUUGAAGAAUUCAUUUCCGACUUGCCCCCCAGGUCACCACUAAAAAUGCCACAGUGCCACACUCUGCUCUAUGUUUAUAACCUACCAGCAAAUAAAGAUGGCAAGAGCAUCAGCAACAGGCUCAGACGCCUGUCCGACAAUUGUGGUGGGAAAGUGCUGAGCAUCACGGGCUGCAGUGCAAUCCUCCGCUUUAUAAACCAAGAUAGUGCAGAACGGGCCCAGAAGCGAAUGGAAAAUGAAGAUGUCUUUGGGAAUAGGAUCAUUGUGUCAUUUACUCCCAAAAAUAAAGAACUUUGUGAAACAAAUGGUUCAAAUGCAAUUCCUGAUAAAGUGAAGUCUCCCAAAAAACUUAAGAUUCCAAAAUUGUGCCUCAUCAAAGAUGCAAAUGAGCAAUCUUCCAGUGCCAAAGCCAUGCCUGGAAAAGGGUCGCAGGCAAAUUCUGGAUCUGCUGCAAAAAACACAAAUGUGAAAAGUUUACAGGAGCUGUGCCGUCUGGAGUCAAAAACUGGUCCUAGAAACAGUGAAUCCCAGCAGGGUAACCUGAGGCUGGUGGCACCUCACAGAAACUCAAGUGUCGUAGCACCCACACUAAAAAACUCGGGGGUGGCAGAAUCCGUUUACAAAACCAAUCCGAAAAAAGAGAACCUCAGUGCCCGAAGUGUUACCAGUUCUCCUGUAGAGAAAAAAAACAAAGAGGAGACUUUGUUCCAAGUGAGUUACCCGUCUGCUUUUAGCAAGUUGAUUGCAUCCAGGCAAAUAGGUUCUCUGCUCACAUCUCCAUCUUGGUCUUCUCGUGUUGCAAAUUCAAGCAUUGGUGCCGACUGCCCAGAUCCAUUUGCAAAUGGUGCUGAUAUCCAGAUCAGUAACAUAGACUACAGAGUAUCCCGGAAGGAGCUGCAGCAGCUCAUACAGGAAGCAUUUUCUCGGCAUGGCAAGGUGAAGAGUGUGGAGCUCAGCCCCCACACAGAUUAUCAGCUCAGGGCUGUUGUUCAAAUGGAAAACUUACAAGAAGCAAUCAGUGCAGUGAAUACCCUCCACAGAUACAAAAUUGGCAGUAAGAAGAUCCUGGUCUCACUUGCCACAGGAGCGGCUAAUAAAUCACUCUCUUUACUGAGUGGAGAAACCAUGUCUAUUCUUCAGGACGCUCCCGCCUGUUGUCUGCCUCUUUUAAAAUUUACAGAUAUCUAUGAAAAAAAGUUUGGACACAAGUUGAAUGUGUCAGAUUUAUAUAAAUUAACAGACACAGUCGCCAUCCGUGAACAUGGGAAUGGAAGACUGGUGUGUCUCUUACCCAGCAGUCAAGCUCGACAGAGUCCCUUGGGGUCUUCCCAGUCCCAUGACGGCUCCUCAACAAAUGGCAGCCCAAUUAUAUUUGAAGAGUUAGAAUAUCAUGAGCCUGUCUGCAGACAGCAUUGUUCCAAUAAGGAUUUCAGUGAACAUGAAUUUGAUCCGGACUGUUACCAGAUUCCUUUUGUGAUUCUCUCUUUGAAGACGUUUGGGCCCCAGGUUCAUAGUCUUCUGCAGACACACGAGGGCACUGUGCCUUUAUUAAGUUUUCCAGAUUGUUAUGCUGCAGAGUUUGGUGAACUAGAAGUUUUGCCAGAAAACCGAGGGGCUGUUCCCUUAGAACACCUCAUCACCUGUGUUCCAGGUGUAAACAUUGCCACUGCACAGAAUGGCAUCAAGGUAGUGAAAUGGAUUCACAACAAGCCCCCUCCUCCAAACACAGACCCUUGGCUUCUGCGGUCUAAAAGUCCUGUAGGUAACCCCCAGCUGAUCCAGUUCAGUAGGGAAGUGAUUGACUUACUGAAGAGCCAACCAUCCUGUAUCAUGCGAAUUAGUAAUUUCAUCCCAUCCUAUCACCAUCAUUUUGCAAAGCAAUGCCGGGUGUCAGACUAUGGAUAUUCCAAGCUGAUUGAAUUAUUAGAAGCAGUGCCUCAUGUGUUGCAGAUUCUCGGAAUGGGCUCCAAACGUUUGUUGACCCUUACACACAGGGCCCAGGUGAAGCGCUUUACUCAGGAUUUACUAAAACUUCUCAAAUCCCAGGCCAGCAAACAGGUUGUUGUGAGAGAAUUCUCUCAGGCUUAUCAUUGGUGUUUCUCAAAGGACUGGGAAGUCACCGAAUAUGGGGUCUGUGAGUUGAUCGAUAUCGUAUCGGAGAUUCCAGACACAACCAUCUGCCUGUCCCAACAAGAUAAUGAAAUGGUGAUUUGUAUCCCCAAAAGAGAACGUACCCAGGAUGAAAUAGAAAGGACAAAACAGUUUUCCCAGGAUGUGGUUGAUUUGCUGAGGCACCAGCCCCAUUUCCGGAUGCCCUUUAAUAAGUUCAUCCCCUCUUACCAUCACCACUUUGGCCGGCAGUGCAAACUCGCAUACUAUGGGUUUACCAAACUACUUGAACUUUUUGAAGCCAUACCCAAUAUUCUACAAGUUUUGGAAUGUGGAGAAGAAAAAAUCCUCACUUUGACGGAGGUAGAACGAUUCAAAGCUCUAGCUGCCCAGUUUGUUAAACUCCUUCGGUCCCAAAAAGAUAACUGCCUUAUGAUGUCAGAUCUGCUCACAGAAUAUGCUAAGACUUUUGGUUACACGUUUCGUCUCCAAGACUAUGAUGUCAGCUCAGUUUCAGCUUUAACACAGAAGCUCUGCCAUGUUGUGAAGGUUACUGAUACGGAAUCUGGCAAACAGAUCCAGCUGGUCAACCGCAAGUCCCUGCGCUCUCUCACUGCCCAGCUGCUGGUAUUGUUGAUGUCUUGGGAAGGAGCCACCUUUCUUUCUGUUGAUGAGCUCAGGAGACAUUAUGAAGCUACCCACAGCACUCUUCUCAACCCCCUUGAGUAUGGAUUCAUGACCCUGACCGAACUUCUGAAAAGUCUGCCUUACUUAGUUGAGGUUUUCACUAAUGAUAAGACGGAGGAGUGUGUGAAGCUCACAAGUCUGUAUUUGUUUGCCAAGAAUGUGCGGUCUUUACUUCGUACUUACCACUACCAGCAGCUUUUCCUUCAUGAGUUUUCCGUGGCCUAUUCCAAGUAUGUCGGAGAAACAGUGCAACCCAAGGCUUAUGGCUUCAGUAGCGUAGAGGAACUCUUGGGAGCAAUCCCACAGGUGGUCUGGAUAAAAGGACAUGGUCAUAAGAGAAUUGUAGUGUUAAAAAAUGACAUGAAAAGUCAUUUGAGUUCAAACUGGCCCUCGGCUACUGAGCGUAUCCUGGAGGUGCCCAAGUCUUGCACAGCCAUGGAACUCAAACUUGGAGCAAGUGAUGAUGGGCCCAGUCCAACGGAGCAGGAGCUUCUCCGCCUGACUAGCGCCUCCCCCGUGGACCUACUGUGCGCACCUGUGCCCUCCUGCCUGCCAUCCCCUCAGCUGAGGCCAGAUCCUGUCAUCCUUCAGUCUGCUGAUCUCAUUCAGUUUGAGGAACACCCUCAAGAACCUUCUGAAAUUAUGAUUUUAAACCAAGAAGAGAACACUGAACCAGUAAAUAACAAAAAGUUGACCUCCGACUCCAGCUCCUCUUGUGUCCCGGCGCCUCCCUGCCCCCCGUCGGACACCCCAGAGUCCCAGCUCAGCAAGGGCCCUGUGGAAAGCCCAGCCAAAAAGCAGCCCAAAAAUAGAGUAAAAUUGGCAGCCAACUUUUCCUAUGCACCUGUAACCAAGCUUUGACUCAUUCUGAACAUAGAAGUAGGACGGGAACACUGUCUGAUUCUGCACACACAGUGGGUUCAGAAGACACAGCCCUUGCUGUUUUAAUGAAAACCCCUAGAAGCCACCUCCUCCAUCCUUAGAUGUAUUCCAUACGUUUUUGGUUUUUUUCCAUUGAACACAACUUGGAGCUAAAGUUUUUCUACCCUCCCUCCCCCUCCCC